CAGAAAAUCACCCGUCUACUCUCUGCCCAGGACAUUUCUCGUAACUUUCUGCUUUUCUGUUAAAUAUGAGACACUAAAGCAAUGUUUCGGUAGUUGAUAAUCAAGCGCCAGAUGUUACUGAAAUAUAUGGUAGCCCUGCCCUCAUCGAUUCGCUAUAGCAUUAUUGCAGCGCGGCACACGCAAGCGGCUACAAGAUCUCGACUGUCGAGUGAAGUAACGUGAACCUAAAUUCCGGUAUACAAAGGAAACGUCUGAUUGUCCUCUUCCUGAGUAGAUUUCUCCUAUUGCUACAGCCGUCGGAAAAUAUGCGUGAGUGCAUCUCCAUCCACGUGGGCCAGGCUGGUGUCCAGAUUGGCAAUGCCUGCUGGGAGCUCUACUGCCUGGAGCACGGCAUCCAGCCGGAUGGGCAGAUGCCCAGUGACAAGACUAUUGGAGGAGGGGACGACUCCUUCAACACCUUCUUCAGUGAGACCGGAGCAGGCAAACAUGUCCCUAGGGCUGUGUUUGUGGAUUUAGAGCCUGCAGUCAUUGAUGAAGUGCGCACUGGGACCUACCGCCAGCUAUUCCAUCCUGAACAGCUGAUCACUGGCAAAGAAGAUGCUGCCAACAACUACGCUCGCGGGCACUACACCAUUGGCAAAGAGAUCAUCGACCUGGUGCUGGACAGGAUCCGCAAGCUGGCUGACCAGUGCACUGGGCUCCAGGGCUUCCUGGUCUUCCACAGCUUUGGAGGUGGUACUGGUUCUGGUUUCACCUCCCUGCUGAUGGAACGUCUGUCUGUUGACUACGGCAAAAAAUCCAAGCUGGAGUUCUCCAUCUACCCAGCUCCCCAGGUGUCCACAGCUGUUGUGGAGCCCUACAACUCCAUCCUGACCACCCACACCACCCUUGAGCACUCUGAUUGUGCCUUCAUGGUUGACAAUGAGGCCAUAUAUGACAUUUGCCGUAGAAACCUAGAUAUUGAGCGCCCUACCUACACCAACCUCAACAGGCUCAUUAGCCAGAUUGUGUCCUCCAUCACAGCCUCUCUCCGAUUCGACGGUGCCCUCAAUGUUGAUCUGACAGAGUUCCAAACCAACUUGGUGCCCUAUCCCCGUAUCCACUUCCCUCUGGCUACCUAUGCUCCAGUUAUCUCUGCAGAGAAAGCUUACCACGAGCAGCUCUCUGUGGCUGAGAUCACCAAUGCCUGCUUUGAGCCGGCCAAUCAAAUGGUCAAAUGUGACCCCCGUCACGGCAAGUACAUGGCCUGCUGUCUGCUGUACCGUGGUGACGUGGUACCCAAAGAUGUGAAUGCCGCCAUCGCCACCAUCAAAACCAAGCGCACCAUCCAGUUUGUGGACUGGUGUCCCACUGGUUUCAAGGUUGGCAUCAACUACCAGCCCCCCACUGUGGUUCCUGGUGGAGACCUGGCCAAGGUACAGAGAGCAGUGUGCAUGCUGAGCAACACCACUGCUAUUGCUGAGGCCUGGGCCCGUCUGGACCACAAGUUUGAUCUGAUGUAUGCUAAGCGUGCAUUUGUGCACUGGUAUGUGGGUGAAGGUAUGGAGGAAGGAGAGUUCUCUGAGGCCAGAGAAGAUAUGGCGGCCCUGGAGAAGGAUUAUGAAGAGGUUGGUGUCGACUCCAUUGAAGGUGAAGGAGAAGAGGAGGGAGAGGAAUACUAAAAUUGAUUAAUUCUCCAAUCAAGUCAAUCAUUGUAGCAUGUGCAUCAGUUUUUCCUAGAGUUAUGUAGGAAAUGGCAAGGUAGUGAUGCCAUAAGGGUAUAUCUAUUGUCUGUUAGUGCCAGAAAUGGUAAGGGAAAUGUGGUGUGGUCUUUUCCAGAAAUAAUGUGAGUCUCAUGUGAAUGGUUUAACUUUUCACAAUUAAUAUCUGUAAACCUCACGUUUAAUGAAUGUGCCAUUUUGACAUCUCAUCUUUAAAAUGUGAUAUGUAAUAAAGAAUAUGGGUAUUGUUAA